AUGUCCGAGCAGGAGCAAAAGAAACGCAAGCAUGGAGGCAGAGGUGGAGGGGGAGGCCGUGGAGGUGGCGGUCGUGGAGGGGGCGGCGAGGUUGGCGAUAAGGGAAACAAAAAAGCCAGGUACUUCCAGCAAUCUAAGAGCGGCACGGGGCAGGCGGUGCCGCUGAGCAGCCAGGGCAUCCUGGUGACCUGCGAUGCGGGGCGAGAGGACCGAGCGGGCGACGAGGCCGCCGCUCUGAUUGAAGAGCACUACGACAAGCUGACAGACCCCAAGGCAACAGCGGAGGCGAAAGGAGACGCCGCCGCGGCUGUAGCCGGUGACAAGGAGGACGCCGGCAAGGGGGACGGAGCAGAGGCUACGGAGGACAAGGACGGCGCCAAGGACAAGGAGGGCGGGGGCGGUGGCGGUGGCAAGGAUGUGGCCGCACUGCUGGCAGAGGAGGUCGCGCAGCUGAAGGACAAAAAGGCUGCCAGAUUCCGGGUGCACCACACCGGGGUGAAGGGCUGCAUCUUUGUGGUGUUUCCCUCCAAUCCGCCGCCAGGCGCCCCGGGUCCUGUUGAGGUGGCCGAGUCCAUUGCGCGGGAGGCAAAGGAGCGCAAGCAGGUUCGCGGACGAUUCAUCGUCCGCUUCAUGCCGGUCACCCACGCCUGUUUCGCCGGCCUUGAUGAGAUUCGUGCGGCAGCACCCAAGCUCCUGGCGCCGCACUUCCCCGAGGGUGAGGACGUCCCCCCCGUGGAGUUCUCUGUGGAGUACGAGCACCGCUCCUCGGAGGGCUUCGACCGGAUGGAGGUCAUCAACGCCUUCACCGCCGCCAUCAAGACUCCCCCCCACAAGGUGAACCUGAAGAACCCUGCCAAGGUGGUGCUGGUGCAGCUGAUCCGCAACGGCUGCGCCAUGGCGGUGGUGCCGGGGUACCGGGAGCUGGCCAAGUUUAAUGUGCGCAAGCUGGCGGAAGUAGAGGCGGCGUGA